GUCCCUACAAAUAAGAUGAAUGAAUAUAUCCCUCAAACAACUUCAAGAAAAAUUAAUGGAUGGUCCAAGGAAUUCAUCUGUGAAUAAUUUUGAGAUGGAUUGUAAGGAAGCAACAAAUCAUGAUGCACCUGAAGAGAGUGGAUGGACAACAUAUUUGGAGGAUUUUUCAAUGAACCAAAGGGAAAGCUAUAGUUCAUGUAAUUCUGAAAAUGAUAGUUUUGGCAGCCCUUCUUUGUUAUCUGAUGCUGCUUCUCAUGCUGCAUGGAAAAAUUCUCAUUCUCCAAUGGGUGGCUCACCAUUUCUUAAGAGAUUGAAUUUGAAGAAACAAAGAAACAAGAAAAUUUGUGAUCCUGAUUUGGAAGACACUGCUAGCUCACCUGUCAAUAGUCCAAAGGUAAGCAGUUUUAAGCAGAUGGACAUCAAUAACAGAACAGAAAAUAUCAGUGGAUAUUUCAUGGAAAAUGAAGGUGGCUCUAGACAAUUCCAAGAAAAGGAAGCUGGGAGAAACAACACAUAUUUUGAUGGAAAAAACAAGAAUGGGUAUAUAGAAUUGAAGAAGAAGAAGGGGCUUUGCUUGGUACCUUGGUCCAUGAUAGUCAACAACGAUGGGUGAUAUUCAUGCAAAAGUUCUUCUAUCUUUGGUACUGUAAAAAAUAUGGUAUAUGAAUUGUAAAAUGUAAGAUUGGGUCGCUCGCUCCAUUAUCAUUGUCACAAAAGGGAAAAAAGACGCAAAAAAUGUAAAUAGAGCUUCUUUUUCUCUUACACAAGUAUUUGGGGAGCAGUAUAGCAUUAGAGUUUAUAGGUGCUAUUUGUAAUGUUUUGUAUUUUGGGAAAUCUGCUAAUGACAGAAGAUCUAAAAUCACGUUUGAUUGACAAAAAUUAAAACUCUAUUCUGGUAA